AUGAUCCAACGCACCUACGUGAUCCAGGUGUUUGUGCUAGCGGUGAGCCUGACCUUCAAGGAUCUGGAGCAGCGCGACAAGUGGGUGGCCGCCUGGCUGCCCAUGGUGGACCAGGUGCGCGCCAACGAGCCGGGCACCCUGAGCUACGAGCUGUGCAUUGGCGACACUGAGCCCCUCAAAGCCCUGGUCUACGAGAGGUACGUCGACCGCGCCGCAUACGAGGAUGUGCAUCGCACGUCCGAGGCCAUGGCGGCGUUCAAGGAGGUGACGUCCAAGAUCAAGAUGCAGGUCCAGGGUCAAUCUUACGUGGAGACCAACCAUGGCUUCAUGUAG